AUGGUUGAUGAUUUGCGGAAAUAUCUGAACCAUUUACUGGAAAAAGUAAAUGGGCUUCACUGUAUUCUGAUAACUGACCGUGAAGGCGUACCUUUGGUCCGAGCGGUAACGGAAAGGGCCCCUCAACUAGCCCUGAGACCUACCUUUAUAUCAACAUUCGGGAUGGCCACUGACCAAGCAAGUAAACUGGGAUUAGGCAGGAACAAAACAAUCAUAUCAAUGUAUUCCAGUUAUCAGGUAAUACAGAUGAACAAGUUACCAUUAGUCAUCACCUUUAUUGGCAGUGAUAAUUGCAACACUGGUCACAUAUUAUCUUUGGAAAGUCAAAUAGAGCCUUUUUUGAAAGAUUUAGAAGCUGUGGUAGCAGAUGCUCCUUGA